UGUGUAAGCCACGUUUUAAGUCAUGUCUAAUCAUCUAGUCCAGUAUAGCUGUAUGGAAUUACCAAAGACGAAGAGAUCACACUACUCACGUUGCCAUAGAUACGAGGGCAGUUUCGUAAAUAAAUCCGGAACCUGGUCAAUUCACUUUCCUACUCAACGGAAUCACACUCUCCUCGCCACCACCACCUUUGCAUCUUCUCCCAAACGGCCAGAAAAACAGCCACACAGCCACACACACUUUCUCUGCCUCUCGAUUCUCGCUGCCCCCGCCUAUUUAGUUUUUAGUUUUUCGAGACAAAAACGGUUUCAGACACAACAGACUGUAACAAACUAGAGGGAGAGAAUCUAGAGAGAGAAGGGAGCACCGGGAAUCGUGCUUACUGCUUACAUCACAGUGAUGCCGAAUCCCGAGGCUCACCGUCACAACCAAAACCGCUCCAGCAAGUCACGCCCCUCCACGUCAUCGGAAAGGCCCGUGGCGCCGCGCCCGCCGGCUCGGCCGAGAGUCCGGCUCCGGCAGCUGCUGCGUGUAGCUUCUGUGGCUAGCGGAAUCCAGUUCGGAUGGGCGCUUCAGCUCUCUCUCCUCACUCCCUAUGUUCAGCAGCUCGGGAUCCCUCACCAGUGGGCCAGCAUCAUCUGGCUCUGCGGUCCCGUCUCCGGCCUCUUCGUUCAGCCACUCGUCGGACACCUCAGCGACCGCUGCACCAGCCGCUUUGGUCGCCGGCGUCCUUUCAUCCUCGCCGGUGCCGCCGCGAUCAUCGUUGCUGUCAUCAUAAUUGGAUACGCUGCUGACAUCGGCUGGCUCCUCGGCGACACCGAUACUUUCCGGCCGGCGGCGAUAACCGUCUUCGUGAUUGGGUUCUGGAUCCUCGACGUAGCGAAUAACGUGACUCAGGGUCCUUGUAGAGCUCUCCUGGCUGAUCUCACUACCAAUGAUCCUCGAAGAACGCGCGUUGCAAAUGCUUAUUUUUCUCUUUUUAUGGCUGUUGGUAACAUUCUUGGCUAUGCAACUGGAUCGUACAGUGGUUGGUACAAGAUUUUUGCUUUCACACUUUCACCUGCAUGCACUAUUAGUUGUGCAAAUCUCAAGUCCGCUUUCUUUCUUGAUAUUAUUUUCAUUGCGAUCACCACAUAUCUCAGCCUCAUGGCAGCUAAAGAAGUGCCUAUAAGUUCAAGUGCGGCAGCCCAUGCUGAGGGAGGAGCAGCGGGUUCAGGUAGUACAGAAGAGGCUUUCAUGUGGGAGCUAUUUGGGACAUUCAAAUAUUUUACGACUCCUGUAUGGAUUAUCCUGUCUGUUACUGCUCUAACAUGGAUCGGAUGGUUCCCUUUUAUUCUAUUUGACACUGAUUGGAUGGGUCGAGAGAUUUAUGGUGGUGAUCCAAAUGGAGGCCCUAAUUAUGAUGCUGGGGUCAGAAUGGGAGCACUUGGGUUAAUGCUUAAUUCAGUUGUUCUUGGAAUAACAUCGUUACUCAUGGAGAGGUUAUGCAGGAAGCGCGGUGCUGGGUUUGUUUGGGGUGUCUCAAAUAUUAUAAUGGCCAUCUGCUUUCUUGCAAUGCUUGUAGUAACAUAUGUUGCAAGCAACGCUAGCUAUUUAGGCAAAGAUGCACCACCAACUGGCAUCGUGAUAGCUGCAGUGAUACUCUUCACCAUUCUUGGGUUUCCAUUAUCAAUCACUUACAGUGUUCCAUAUGCCUUAGUUUCCACACAUAUUGAGUCAUUGGGACUUGGCCAAGGGUUAUCAAUGGGUGUCCUAAAUCUGGCAAUAGUGAUCCCACAGAUAGUGGUGUCAUUGGGAAGUGGACCAUGGGAUCAGCUGUUUGGUGGAGGAAAUGCCCCGGCCUUUGCCGUGGCAGCUCUUGCAGCCCUUGUCAGUGGACUCAUAGCUAUCCUGGCUAUUCCCCGAUCUGGUGGUCAAAAGCCCCGAACUCGUGUAUGAGUGAGAAUGAUUGGCUAUGUAAACCAUGAGGGACACAUCUGAAGCUCUAGGAAAAGGUGAAUACUCUUUGAUGUCUUAAGGAACAGUGUGAAACAAGCAAUUCAUAUGCCAUUACUUUCCCAAACAUGCUUCAAUCUCAAAAAUGUAAUCACAAAAGUUGUUAGCAGCAAAUACUGGUUGACACUAUGUCCAAUCAGUGGAGAUUUUUCGCCAGUGUAAAUGAGUCCCGUCUAUAUAAGAUUUUUCUUUUAAGGCUAAAUGCCAUGGGAAAGUAGUUUGGGGAUUCUUCCAUAGGUUCCAAAAGUUAAUCUUGGGCAGCAUCCUUCCUUAUCACCCAAGAUGAGUUGCUGUUUGGGAAUUAUUCCAAAUUACAAAUUCUUUUCUAUUUUGAGGCAAUGCUGAUCGUGCAUUAGUGCUUCAAUAAUGUUGUAUUGAGAAUCAUAUACAAUUGUGAUUUAUUUGUGCUUGGAUGAAUGAAUGUGUUUAGUGGCCAACAGUGAAUAUUGUGAAGUGUGCCGAUGGAAACCUUGAUGGCGACCAGGGGUAAAAUGCUUCCUUUUUUGGUAUUGUAUUUUAUUAUUUUUUUUCUUUGCAGAAAAUAUUGUUGAAUAAUAGUUGAUUUUUAAA